AUGGCUCACCACUUCAGUGCCCUCCAAUAUCUUCCCUACGCCGUGGCAGUCGUUGCCCUCCUCUGUGGCUAUCUGAUCUUCGGCAGCAGCAAGCCCCGGAAGGUCCUCAUCCCCACCGAGUUCCAGGACUUCGUGCUCAAGGAGAAGACCGAGGUCUCCCACAAUGUCGCCAUCUACCGCUUUGCGCUGCCCCGUCCCACCGACAUCCUGGGCCUGCCGAUCGGCCAGCACAUCUCCCUGGCCGCCACCAUCGCCGGCCAGCCCAAGGAGGUCGUCCGGUCCUACACCCCGAUCUCCUCCGACCACGAGGCCGGCUACUUUGACCUGCUCGUCAAGGCGUACGCUCAGGGCAACAUCUCCAAGUACCUGACCCAACUCCAGGUGGGCCAGACCAUGAAGGUGCGCGGCCCCAAGGGUGCCAUGGUCUACACCCCGAACAUGUGCCGACACAUCGGCAUGAUCGCUGGUGGCACUGGGAUCACCCCGAUGCUCCAGAUCAUCAAGGCCAUCAUCCGCAACCGUCCCCGCAACGGCGGCAACGACACCACCCAGGUCGACCUGAUCUUCGCCAACGUCAACCCGGACGACAUCCUGCUCCAGGAGGAGCUGGAGAAGCUGGUCCAGGAGGACGAGGGAUUCCGCGUUUACUACGUGCUCAACAACCCGCCCGAGGGCUGGACUGGCGGCGUGGGCUUCGUCACUCCGGAUAUGAUCAAGGAGCGUCUCCCCGCCCCGGCAGCCGACGUCAAGAUCCUUCUCUGCGGACCUCCGCCCAUGGUGAGCGCCAUGAAGAAGGCUACCGAGUCCCUGGGCUACACCAAGGCGCGUCCAGUCAGCAAGCUGGAGGACCAGGUGUUCUGCUUCUAA